GUUUGUUCUCUACUACCUUAACAGCAGCUGAGUUGAUUCGGCCUGAAUCUCUAUCCUUCAACUACUUCCUCAGUCCCUUCUCACAACGUCACAUCUCCCAGCUGGGCUCCAUCAACCAGCCUGCGGUCUAGCAACCGCAAGAGCUCUUUUCUCAGUCCCUCUUUCAUCAUGGCUCUCCGAGUGAACAUCCCUCCGGCCACCCGAAUCUGCCUCAUCAGUCUCCUUACCCUCUCCUUGCUGUACAACAUUGCCCGAUGGCGCCAAAUUGACACCACGGGGGGCACACCGACCGUCACCCCCAUCGUACCAUACCUGACGCUUGUUCCGUCAUAUCUCCUCUACUACCCGUGGACGCUCGUGACUGCUACAUUUGUGGAGCGGAACAUCUUCACUGUUCUUCUGAACGCCGCCACCCUCUUUUACGGCGGGAAGUACCUGGAGCGGGCCUGGGGCUCACGCGAGUUUGCCAAGUUCAUCCUCACGAUCGCAGUGAUCCCCAAUGUGGUCAUCGUCCCUAUCUAUCUUGUGGGUGCUGCGAUGAGCGGCAGCGCCAGCAGCGGCGUCACUCAGAUCUGCGGCGGCAUCUCGAUCCAGGCAUCCUUCCUUGUUGCCUUCAAGCAGCUCGUCCCCGAACACACAGUCACCAUCUUCCAGGGCUUGGUGAAGAUGCGGGUGAAGCACUUCCCCGCCCUCUUCCUCCUCCUGAACACAGUCAGCGGUGUAGUCGUCGGCACCCGGGCCGCCGCGAUCCUUUCCUGGCUUGGGCUCGUGACGAGCUGGACCUACCUGCGAUUCUUCAAGCGCCAGCCCGACCUGACCGGCACCUCGACCGACGGACUGGGCAUCAGGGGUGAUGCGAGCGAGACUUUCGCAUUCGCAUGCCUAUUUCCCGACCUCCUCCAGCCGCCCAUCGCUUUCAUCUCCGAUCAGGUCUAUGCGCUCUUGGUUGCGGUGAAGGUCUGCACCCCCUUCUCCGAGGAGGCUAUCGCAUCCGGCAAUCAACAGGUCCUGGCCCGCGGCGAAGCCGGUCUUCCCAGCCUUCUUUCCAACCAGCGCGGGGGCCGAGCCAUGGCCAAGCGGGAGGAGGCGGAGCGACGACGCGCGCUGGCUCUCAAGGCUUUGGAUCAGAGGCUACAGGCUGCGGCUGCGGCGAGAGCGCCCCCAUCGACGUUGAAUCAGCCAGGCGCCGCCCAUAGUCAGACUCCGACCCCAACAGUAGCAGCAGGACAAGCGAUGCUGGGUGAAACCAGCUACACUCCGGACCACGCUUGAUGUGAAAACAUGUUCAGUGCUGCUCCUUUUUUUGUGUUCGUUUGGAGAUAUCCUCAAAGAAUUAUCAGUAUGCUGUGAAGGGCCAACGAGGGCUGCCAGAGUCCCGUUCUUGACCGGGCUUGGUUGCUCCUUCAAAAUGGGUAGCAAUUCGCACUUUUCAGGGAAGUCCAGCUGCUUUCUUACUGACUGUAUAUUUAUUCGCAUUGUGGAUUCUACUGGGCAUGUUAUGAAUGCAUCAUAUGAAUGGAGUUAGAUACAUGCUCGGGUUGGAGGCUAUUAUCCAGUUUAUAUGACUCAUGACUGCGGUAAAUUGUUUCUAGAUCUAAUAUGUCAACAAGACUUUCAUACCUUCUUCGCUAUACAUAGAGAAUGCAG